UUCUGCCAUCUUGCUGCACCGACAUCAUGGUGCGCAUGAAUGUUCUGGCCGAUGCUCUUAAGAGCAUCAACAAUGCAGAGAAACAUGGAAAACGUCAAGUUCUCAUUUGACCGUGCUCUAAAGUAAUCCUGGGUUUUUUAACUGUGAUGAUGAAGCAUGGUUACAUUGAUGAAUUUGAGAUCAUUGAUGAUCACAGAGCUGGGGAAAUUGUUGUUAAUCUCACAGCCAGACUGAACAAGUGUGGUGUAAUCAGUCCCAGAUUUGAUGUUCAGUUGAAGGACCUGGAAAAGUGGCAGAAUAACCUUUUGCCUUCACUUCAGUUUGGGUACAUUGUGCUGACAACUUCCGCUGGCAUCAUGGACCAUGAGGAAGCAAGGCGAAAACACACAGGAGGCAAAAUCCUGGAAUUCUUUUUCUAAAACUUGUAAAACAGGCAUACUAAUAAAUUGUUCAAAUGGGGGGGAAAAAAUAAA